CAAACUCAAAGCGCAAGAUGGCGGCGGAGAGUCUGUUCGGCCGGUUGGUGCCGGUGCAGGUGAAGUGUCAGGGCUGCGAGGACAGGAGGAUAAAUGUUCGAGUAAGGAUUGAGCUACAGUCAACAUCUAAUCCUGUUCAUAAAAAGGACUUAGUAGUGCAGUUGACUGAUGAUGCUGACCCCUUUUUCCUUUAUAACCUGGUUAUAUCUGAGGAAGAUUUUCAAAGUUUAAAAUGCCAGCAGGGUCUUUUGGUAGAUUUCUCUGCUUUUCCGCAAAGAUUUAUAGAUCUACUUCAACAGUGCAUUCAGGAACAAAACAAAGAUACCCCAAGGUUUUUGCUGCAAUUAGUUUCUUCAGCAUCUGUUUUAGAUCACACACCUGCUUUUUUAAAUGUAGUGGAGACAAACCCAUUUAAACAUCUUACACAUCUCUCACUAAAAUUUCUGCCAGGAAAUGAUGCAGAAAUAAAGAAGUUUUUAGCAAUCUGUUUGAAAUGUAUUAAGGAAGAAAAGUCGUUAUUGGAACAAAAGCUUAAAAAAACUGAAGAUGACCUUACCAGACAGCUGAGCUACACGCAGCAGAGCCUGUCAGAAAAGAGCCGGGAAUUAGAUAAGUUGAGAAGUGAAUGGACGUCACAUACAACAAUGCUAACAAAUAAGCACACUCAGGAAUUGACAAAUGAGAAGGAAAAAGCUCUCCAGGUGCAGACUCAGUACCAACAACAACAUGAACAACAGAAAAAAGAAUUGGAAAACUUGCAUCAGAAAAGUAUCCAACAGCUACAGAAUCGACUGUCAGAACUAGAGAUUGCCAACAAGGACCUAACAGAAAGGAGAUACAAAGGAGACUCCACAAUUAGAGAACUUAAAGCAAAACUCUCUGGGAUAGAAGAUGAGUGCCAGAGAGCAAAGCAAGAAGUGUUGUCGUUGCGUCGGGAGAAUACUACGCUGGAUGCUGAAUGCCAUGAAAAAGAGAAACACAUUAAUCAGCUACAAACACGAGUUGCAGUUUUGGAACAAGAGAUCAAAGAUAAGGACCAGCUAAUUAUUAGGACAAAAGAAGUAUUAGAUGCAACACAAGAACAAAAGGUGAUACUAGAAGAAAAUACAGAGAAGAAACAAGUUCAUGUAGGAAAACUUGAAGCAACAAUAAAAUCAUUAUCAGCUGAACUUCUUAAGGCUAACGAAAUUAUCAAGAAGUUACAAGGAGAUUUGAAAACUCUAAUGAGUAAAUUGAAAUUGAAAAAUACAGUAACAAUUCAGCAAGAAAAACUCUUGGCUGAAAAAGAAGAGAAACUACAGAAAGAGCAAAGGGAACUGCAGGAGACUGGACAAUCUCUUAGAGUAAAAGAGCAAGAGGUCUGCAAGUUGCAAGAACAGUUAGAAACUGCAGUACAAAAACUGGAAGAAAGCAAGCAACUGCUAAAAACCAAUGAAAAUGUAAUCACAUGGUUAAAUAAGCAACUGAAUGAAAUUCAGAUGGCAAGAAAGCAAGAGAUAUUGGGAACUUCUACCAUUCCACUUACACAUUCAAGCAAUGGCACUAUUAGAACUGGCACUUCACCUCACAAUAUGCUUGACAACAGACUCCGUUUUACUAGCUCAGGAAUCAGUUACCCCAUCUCUCCGGUAUGCGCUUUCCAAAACUUUCCAGAAACCGCACCUGUGAAAAGUGCCAACCAGCAGGUUUCAGGACCAAAGGUUCAGUUUAACGUGCAGCUUUCAAAAACUAAUAAAAGUUCAGACAUUCAGCCAGGAUUUCCUAUUGCAACUGGUCAUUCAACAAAUAUAGAAAAGGGUGAGAAUUUGGGAUUGGAAUUGAAGUAUUUAAAGAAAAGAGAAGACAGCAUUCCUUUACGAGGUCUCAGCCAAAAUACAUUUAACUCCUCAGAAUAUCCGAAAUCCUCCACAUCAACAAAAACACUAACUUCAUCAAAACCCGGAAUACAGUCUACAGCCUCUGCUUACUUCCCUGGAUUGCAAACAACAUAA